AUGGCCACCACCGCUCAAAUGUGCAUCGGCGUCUCCUGCGCAAACGUCGCCGGCACCCUGCAGUGCCCCAACUGCCUCAAACUCGGCAAAGAAUCCUUCUUCUGCUCACAAAACUGCUUCAAAACCAGCUGGCCCACACACAAAUCCGCCCACAAGAAAGCCCCUGCAGUAAGCGGCACAUACGACCCCUUCCCAAACUACCCAUACACCGGCGGCCUGCGCGCCACAUAUCCGCUGUCUGCGCGCUUCCCGCUCACCCCCGACCGCCCGCUGCCAAAGACGAUUGAACGCCCGGAAUAUGCGCUCGACGGCAUCCCGCGCAGCGAGAAUGCACGUGGCCGUAGCAACCGCACCAUCUCUAUCCUGAGCGCUGAGGAGUGCGAGGGCAUGCGCAAAGUGUGCAGGUUGGCGAGGGAGGUGCUGGAUAUUGCGGCUGCCGCCGUGAAGCCCGGGGUCACGACGGAUGAGAUUGAUGCCAUUGUGCAUCAGGCUUGUAUUGACCGCGAUUCUUACCCGUCGCCGCUCAACUACAACCACUUCCCCAAGUCCGUGUGCACAUCCAUCAACGAGGUCAUUUGCCACGGCAUCCCCGACUCGCGUCCGCUCGCCGACGGCGACAUCGUAAACAUCGACGUCACCCUCUACCACAACGGCUUCCACGGCGACCUCAACGAAACAUACUACGUCGGCGACGCCGCGCUGGCCAACAAGGACACCGUGCGCGUCGUCGAGACCUCGCGCGAGUGCCUCGACGAGGCGAUCAAGCUCGUAAAGCCAGGGAUGCUGUUUAAAUCCCCAGGGGACCUGAUCGAGAAGAUUGCGAAGAAGAGGGCGUGUAGCGUUGUGAAGACGUAUUGCGGCCAUGGCAUAAACCAACUCUUCCACUGCGCCCCCAACGUCCCGCACUACGCCAAGAACAAAGCCGUCGGCACCGCCAAGGCCGGCAUGUGCUUCACCAUCGAGCCGAUGAUCUCGCUGGGGACGUACCGCGACACGACGUGGCCCGACGACUGGACGGCUGUCACCACGGACGGGAAGAUGAGCGCACAGUUUGAGCACACGCUGCUGGUGACGGAGGAUGGGGUUGAGGUGCUGACGGCAAGGACGGCGAGCAGCCCGGGGGGUGCGGUGGAGGUCGAGGGCGGGAAGGUGAACGUGGUGGAUGGGAAGGUGGUGGCGUAG